UGAAAGAGCGCAGCGCGCGCACACAGACAGACAGACUGACAGGCGGCCAGGUACGCGGAGCCGGAAGAAGGAGCAGGUCGAUCUGAUCCUGAUAGUACUUUGUCCACCUGGUGUUUCUUAGAUUCCCAAACUCCACUUUUUUCUCCCCCGUUUCCCCCCAAAAAACGCGUUUUAUUUAUGAAAGAGACUCGGAGGAAACAUGACAGAACAAGGGAAGAAGCUGAUUCUGAUCGCGGUGGAUAUUCUUUGUGUCUUUGUUGCGGCUCUGCCCUCGGCGAUCCUCACGCUGAUGUUCAAUCCUUACCAGAGAGGAAUCUACUGCGAUGACACGACCAUCAACUACCCCUACAGGAGAGACACCAUCUCCCACGGAGCCAUGGCUGCAGUCACCAUCACCUGCUCCAUCGUCAUCAUCACUACAGGUGAGGCGUACCUGGUGCACACCAAACGUCUGCACUCCAACUCCCAGUUCAACCAGUACCUGUCGGCGCUCUACAAGAUAGUGGGGACCUUCCUGUUCGGAGGAGCCGUCAGCCAAUCGCUGACUGACUUGGCGAAGUUCACCAUAGGUCGUCCUCGUCCGAACUUCUUAUCGGUGUGCGCCCCGGUCAGCUGUACCGGAUACAUGCUGCAGAUCAACUGUACCGGCAACCCGCGCAAUGUGACUGAAUCCAGGUUGUCGUUCUACUCCGGCCACUCGUCCUUCGGGAUGUACUGCAUGCUCUUUCUGUCGCUCUACAUCCAGGCCAGGAUGCAGGGAAAGUGGACGAGGCUGGUCCGACCCACCAUCCAGUUCUUCCUGGUGGCGUUUGCCGUCUAUGUUGCGUACACAAGAGUUUCUGACUACAAACACCACUACAGUGACGUCCUGGUGGGGCUGCUGCAGGGAGCCCUCAUCGCUGUGCUCACGGUCCGAUACGUGUCUGAUUUCUUCAAGCAGCGUCCUCCGCGCUGCACGCGAGCCGAACCGGCGGAGGUCGAACACCUGGAGUGCAAACCGAGGCCACAGCCUUCAGACUCACGGCAGGAAAACCACUACAACUGCUCCGGAACCGUAUGAGCUCCUCGCCACAGCUACUCCUACUAACCCGGGCCGACACUCUCCAACAGCAGCUCCGUUACCAAAGGACGUGUACAGAACAAAACAAAAAAGAAAAGAAACACACUCGCUCGCUCGGUUGCAGUCCAUCCUGAGACGACUUCCCAAACAUUUUACAGCUUUGAAAAGUUGGGAUUCCCAAAACCUGUUGGAACAGAAGCCACAUCGUCUGCGUGUCUUUAAGUUUGGGUGUGUGCUGCAAAGAUAUGCCUGAUUUAUGGUGUUUUUUUUGUCGUUGUUGUUUUUUUUAAAGUUUGUACCUGUGUUUUUCUUAAUUGUCACCUAGCAGAGGCGCAGAUGUGUGUGGAACGAUUCAUGCUGUGAGUUGAGCUGAAAACUGACUGACUGCUAAAGAGAUCUGUCAAAUUUCAAAAACCCCAAUCAGACAAUCAGAGAUUUUAUUUUAUUUUAUUUCUGUUCUUCAGUGGAGAGACAAAACCUUGGAGGCUGAAGGUUUUUUUUUUUUCUUUCCUCACUUUGCUACGGUCAGAUAAGACUGUUUCUAUUUUAUCUACACUGGAGCUCGAUUCUAUCUGCCUGACCUUGACACUUUGUCUCAGCAGAUAUCUAUACUCAACCGUCUUCAGAAGAAGCGUAAUGACUACAGUAUACUUACAAGACAGUGUGUAGUGCUAACAUUUUGUUUAUAACUCCUUUAUCUAAUAAAUUGUGUAGCUUUUUAAGAAUUUAUUACCACUCAUUUGCUGUGACGUUACAGUGAAAGCUUCGGAGCUGGCCACAUUUUUUCUGUCUGUUUUUCUUUUAUAGAGACAAACUUUGCUUUUAAAGAUCGGAAACGGACGACCAAGGACAAACAGAGACAUUACAGGGACAAAUUCAUCCCAUAAACUCAGUAUUUUCAGUUUCCAGUGCUUCUGGAACGACCAUUUCAAGUCUGACAAACACCUUCAUGGACUUCUUCCUUCCCUUGUUAUAACAUUAUGUGUAAUCCAUUGUGAAACUGUACAGAAUGUAAUCAUUUCUUUCCUUCAGCUUGUCAGUUAUUUUGUUUUGUUUUUUUUGUGCAGUUUUUCCAUAAAUAUUAGCCAGCA